ACGAAGAACUUGGACUUCCGCCGAAAGUGGGACAAAGAUGAAUAUGAGAAACUUGCAGAGAAGCGCCUCACAGAGGAGAGAGAAAAGAAAGAUGGCAAACCAGCUCAGCCCGUCAAAAGGGAGCUUCUGCGGCACCGGGACUACAAAGUGGACCUGGAAUCGAAGCUGGGGAAGACCAUUGUCAUCACCAAAACUACCCCUCAGUCGGAGAUGGGAGGAUAUUACUGUAAUGUGUGCGACUGUGUGGUGAAAGAUUCUAUUAACUUCUUGGAUCACAUCAAUGGCAAAAAACACCAGAGAAAUCUGGGCAUGUCCAUGCGAGUGGAGCGCUCCACACUGGACCAGGUGAAGAAACGCUUUGAGGUGAACAAGAAGAAGAUGGAGGAAAAGCAGAAGGAUUAUGACUUUGAGGAGAGAAUGAAGGAACUCCGUGAGGAGGAGGAGAAGGCCAAAGCCUACAAGAAGGAGAAGCAGAGAGAGAAGAAAAGGCGGGCGGAGGAAGAUUUGACGUUUGAAGAGGAUGAUGAAAUGGCAGCUGUGAUGGGUUUCUCGGGUUUUGGCUCAACCAAAAAGAAUCACUGAGCCCCUCUGGACUCUCCUCGUUCUUGAAACAGAUUGUUUUUACCCAGGGGACUCUGGAUAAUUCUUAAAAGACUUUAUUGAGGACUUGUAUGUAAAUCUCCCAGUAAAAGUUGGCUGGAGGAGUCAAAAACUGAUUCCAUGCUCUACCUGUGCUGAGCAGAACAAGCCCCACCUGUCAUUAGCUUCCCAUCUCCUUCCGUGUCCUAGUUCUGGCUGCUCACCGCUGCUCUGCGGCCUUGCGUGUGGAGGGAAGUAUUCUGCUGGGUACGUUUUUGUGUCAAUAAAGUGCAGCAGUUCUGUACAGAUGGCCUGGUUCGGGGUUAAUCUAGUCGUCAAACCAGGCAUCGCUGUU